AUGGCCGCCCUGCGCCGCAGCCUCGUCGCGCUCGCGCUGGUCGAUCACCAAUGGGCGCGUGGAGCCGGCACGCAUGUCCGGCGUUAUGCAGACCCGUGCUCACAGCCUCUGCUGCCGGUGCUUGUCUACGUGUAUCUGCUGCCGCCUCCAUGCGCGGAUUGGGACCCAGAGGGCGAGGAUGCGUUCGACGAGGCGUUCGGCGAACUCCGCGACGCGCGGCUGCCACACCUACGCAACACAUCCAACCGUGCCCUCACCACGCUCUGGCACUACCGGUUGCACUACUCGCAGUGCCGCACGCAAUGCGCAGAGGCGCCUCGCCGCCCUACACGCAUUCUCCGCAGCUCGCGCCGCCCCAAAUCUGCCCACGCUCCCCUCGCGACGCGCCUCUCCUUCUCGGCAAUCGUCCCGCCGGCGAUGCAGCCGCACAUCUCGUACAUGCGCCGUCCAAGCGAGCGGGAGGCACUCACUGCGCCGGAGACGUACCCGCACCUAUACUCGCUGCCGCAGCCGAGCAUCGUGCACUGGCUGCGACGGGCGCCACCCUUCACACCCUCCGACGAGCGACCGUACCUGAUGUCGUACGCGGGCAGCCGGAAGGGCGACGUGGCGGUGAGGCGGCUCGUUGCUGAUUACUGCAACCGCUCGAGCGGUAGCAAGACGUGUUUGAUGCCGAGCUCGAUGAAGACGGUCGAGGUCGCAUUCGUCAAGAUGAAGUCCGUCUUCUGCCUCGAGCCCGCGGGCGACACGCCCUUUCGCCGCUCGAUCGCGGACUCGGCGGCCCUUGGAUGCAUCCCGGUGCUGAUGAACAAUGUGUCCGAUCUCACCGGCAACCUAGUCUGGGACGACUGGCGCGAGCAGUCGCGCGUCCUCCUGCCGCGCGACGAGCUAAUAUCCGGCCGCCUUGACCUCGGCAAGGCGCUUGCACGGCUGCCCAGGGCGCGCGUGGCGCUGAUGCAGCACACCCUUUGGCUGCACGCACGCAAGCUUCAGGUUUCAUACGAUGACGACCAGCGCGAUAGCGUGUUCGCCAGCCUCUCCGGCAUCCUCUCUGCGCGGGGACUGUCUCGCCUGCCGCGCGCCGCUGCGCCGCCCGUCACCAGGGGUGAGGAAGGCACCGGCGCUGGCAGCCGCAGCGGCAGCGGCAGCGUUGCCCCGUGCACGGAUCUGCCCGACGUCGCGCACAGGGAAAGCUGCCGGGAGAUCAUGGACUUAGCGGCAGAGGUGUCUGCGCGGCGCAAGCGCGGCAGGAGGAAUGCGCCCGAGGCGGACCCCGAUUUAGGGAAGGUAACCCUUACCCGGGCCGGUGCUCGACGUAACAGAAUGUACAGAAGAUGA